UUUAAUUACACGUUCACUUCAUGAUGUUAAUAACAACGAAUGGCAUCCUUCUCUUUGUAUUUUUAUAUCAAAACGGUACAAGAUUAUCCUAUUUAAAUCAGUGUGAUAACCGAGUUAGGUCAAAAAUAUUCUAAAAGUAUCAAAAAGAAGUCCUGAUUAUAUUACCUAAUGGAUUACAUUACUUGCUACAAUUUUGUCAUGUAAUUUGGAAUCAUAACGGAUUACACGUUUUAAGUAGCUUAAUCUACCCAGUGCUGGUGUUCUAUAAUGCUCUCUGUAAGUGCUUUUGUACCCAGAAACUUAAAACCAACCUUCCCAGAACAUUGCAGUAAGGUUUUAAUUAUUAAUUUUUUUUGGUGAGAACCUAAGGGUAACCUAUACAGAACCUUCCCUACAGGUUAUUUUUAUCCAUUUUUUUUUUAAGUAAACUCAUUUUUCAUAACCAUGAACUACAUUUUGCAGACAUACAUGACUAAUUAGUGUCAGCAUAGAACAGCAUUUAAUCUCACGGGGAGUCAUAUAUUCGUGACUGAGAUUAGAAUCUGCUCCGCACAGAAACGAAUCAAUUAAAGCGUCUGGAUCCACCUAGAAAAGAUGCGUGCGCUUGCGUCAAUUAACGCGUGUGAAUCCACCAAUCAGAUGCGCCGUUAGGGCCCCCUCACGUCGUAUCCAAUGCAAACUGAUUGAUUUACGCCAAGUAUCCAGAUUCGCAUCUCCAAUGUGAGACGUGAGUGGUUAAUAUUGAUGAAGUGGACGGAUGUCCAAUAGAUUUAUGAAUAUCUCGCUCGAACUGCUCUGCGAACAGUUGGGUUAAAUAAAAGAUCUUCUGCUGAUCGAUAUAACUUCAUAAGAGUGUAUAUUUGAUGUUGUUCUCACACAAAGGGAUCUAUUCUGUAAGAGAUGGCUAUUAACACGGACGCCCCUCACGCGACAGAUGCCCUGGGCGAGAGAGCCGCGCUGCAGUCCACCGAUUUUGGAGAUACUCAGAAACUUCUUUACAUCUCAGACAAAGAGCUGAAAACAGAAUCAAACCACUCACCUUCUGAUACACACCUCGUUAAGCAUCUCGAAGCGGAACAGAAUGAGCAGACUGUGGUUAACGUUGCCUCGGAGCCUCGCUCUCCGUCGCGAGUCAGUUUCAGCCGCGCGUCGUCGCCCACGCCCGGAGAACGCGAGCCAUGCAGCUUCAUGUGGGUGGCCGUGAUCUCCUGCUUCUGCCCGGCCGUUCCAAUAAACCUGUUUGCGCUUUAUUUCGCUCAUAUGUCUCGAUCCAUGAUACAAGCAAAAGAUUAUGAUGGGGCCAGAAGACUUGGGCGUCUAGCUUUGUUGCUUAGUAUCGUUUCCAUUGUUGUGGGUCUAGCUAUAAUCAUUUAUCUGUUGAUGACAGAGUAUAAAUAGUUGGAUAUCCUAGAAAAUUGUGAGCAUUGAUGUAAAUGGGUAAUGAGCUGAAAACAAAGAAGAUGGAUGAUGAAUGCCAUGUGAAAACCUUAAAAAAGGGCUAGAAUAUUAUUUUAUGCACAGUGUUAAAUUUGUUUCAUUCAUUCAUUCAUUUUUUUUCUUUUUUGAUAAGGACUUGUUUAUUGAAAAAUUGUUUUUAAACCAUCUUGAUGCCUUUCUGUUGCUGUCUUGGGGAUUUACGGUAGCUUUUGCUUUAUCCAACAAUGCAUCAACACCAAACUAAUUCUGCACUAAAUCAACAUGACUUUUUUGUCUUUUUAAAUGAUGAUCUACACAAAAUUUUACAAUAAAUUGUUUAAAGAAAAAAUAUUCCUAUGCCAAGAGAAAUCUACACAUUUUUUUUUUAUCUAUAUUACAGUACAAGUGCAUUAUAUUAUGCAAAUGAAUUGCCUGUUGCAAUAACAAGAAUGUAACUUCUGUUCUGAGAAUUUGUUGUUGUUAUUAUUUAUAUUUCUUGUGACUUAUUAAACUUUUAAUAAUGCUGGUGCAGUGGAGCUGGUGCAUACAAAAGCACAUAGUUGGUAUCAUUUUUUUGUAUGAUUGUAAUAUGUUGCAUUUUGUGUAAUCUAUCAUAGCUUAUGGAGUUCAUUCACCCAAAUAUUAAAAUUCUGCCAUCAUUUACUCACCAUCAUGUCAUUUCAAACCUGUAUGACUUUGUUCUGUAGAACACAAAAUAUUUUUUUUUUAAAUGUCUCUUUUCUGUCCAUAGCAUGAAAGUCAAAUGGGUUCAAAUAUCUUCUUUUGUGUCCCACAGAAGAAAAAAAUCACACAGGUUUGGAAUGACAUGAGGGCGAGUAAAUGAUAACAGAUUUGAUAUUUCUUUGGGUAAAACACUUAUUUUUUACAUUUCUUCUUAGAAAAGUAUUUUUAUUCCUUGCCAUUUUGAUUCAUAGCCUUCUGGAAGUGUGGAGCAUCACAAGGAUGCAACGUGGAGGAAUGCAUCGAGAAGGGCCGCAUCCUCGGUGUAGCAAAAAUAUUGUGUUGAAUACAUGUAUUGAACUCAUAAGAGAUGAACAAGGGCUAUAUUCAACCAAAAGGACAUGCAUGUCUAAAAAGAAAAGUACAAUAUUAUAUUUGAAUUGUGCAAAUUUGCCUUUUGCUAAUUUGGUGCCACAUUUUUGCAUGAUAGAAAUUAAACCAACCCU